AUGGACGCGCAAGUUCGCGCCAAGGCCAGUCAAUUGAAGCUCUCGAAUCACGGUGCCGGUGCACAUUCCAGUUGGGCAGUUAUUCAAGAGCUGGACAAGUCCAAGAGGGGGAGUAGUAGCGCCGGCAUCUUCCGGGCCUGCCGUCGACGGUUGUUCGGUUCCGUGCCGGUCGACAUACCCGGCGUCGGUCGACUCUCCGUGAGAUAG